CGACAGCGUCAUCAGGGAGCGCCGGCGCCACCACGUGAAAGGCCGCCAUGGCGCUGAGCCGCGGCGCGAUUGUGGCUGCCUUCCCGCUGGUUCCGCGGCGGCUGGCGGCCACCGGGGCGGCGGCGGGCGCGCAGCCCCCCGAGAACGUGGUGCGCGUCCCCUGGGCCCUGCGGAUGCGGCUGCAGCGGGGCGCGCAGCGCCGUCAGCGCAAGCAGGGAGAGAAGGCGGCGGCGCCGCCGCGGUCCGGGAAGCUGCUGCUGCGGAGCCGGCGGCCAGAGCUGAGCCAGCCCCGCUGGCAGACGGUGGGGCGCUGGGAGCAGCCGCAGCUGGUGUCGGCGGGCUGGAAGCACAAGAAGGCCUGCGGGGACUACUUCCAGCUGGAGCCCUCACAGGCGGCGGCUCCCGCCCUGCAGGCGCCGCCGCCUGACGCGGGGCAGGGCCCGUCCUUUGACGAGAUGGGGUUGCAGCCAGCGCUGCUAGCCGGCCUGGGGGGCCUCUCCAUCAGCCGCCCCACGGCGGUGCAGCGCAUCGCCAUCCCCGCGCUGCGCCGCGGCCGCAGCGCCCUCUGCGCCGCGGAGACCGGCAGCGGCAAGACGCUGGCUUACCUGCUGCCGCUGCUGGACGGACUGCUCUCCCGCCCCGCGGCGCCGGAGGUGGAGGCGGCGGCGGCAGGGCCGGCGGCGCCCCGUGGGCUAGUGGUGCUGCCAUCGCGGGAGCUGGCGCUGCAGGUGGGCGCGGUGGCUGCGGCGCUGUGCCGGCCGGCGGGGUUGCAUGUGCGCGGGCUGACAGGCGGCGGCGCGGCGGGCGGGCUGCGGAGGCAGCUGCGGGCCCCGCCGCCGGGCCCCGCCGUGCUACUGGGCACCCCCGGGGCGCUGCGGGAGGCGCUGCGGCGGCGCUUCCUGGCGCUGGAGCGGCUGCGCUGGAUGGUGCUGGACGAGGCGGACACCCUGAUGGACGACUCCUUCGCGGGGAUGCUGGAGGAGAUCCUGGCACACGCGCCCGUGGCCGCGGGUGCACCUGGGCCGGCUGGCCCCGGGGAAGAGAGGACCCAGGUCGUAGUGGUGGGAGCCACAUUCCCCACGGGGCUGAGCCAGACGGUGGGGAAGUUCACCGAUGUGGGCCAGUUUGUCACCCUCGCCACCCAGAGCCUGCACCGCCUGCCACCCCACGUCCAGCAGAAGUUUGUCCGCAUCAAAGGCCAGGACAAGCUGCCUGAACUGCUGCAGCUCCUCAAGGAGCACCCAGCGUCCAGUGGGGCUAUUCUUAUUUUCUGCAAAAGUGCCAGCACUGUCAACUGGCUGGGCUAUAUCCUGGAUGACCACAAAAUCAAGCACCUGAGGUUGCAGGGACAGAUGUCAGCAGCUGCUAGAGCCGGCAUCUUUGCCUCGUUCCAGAAGGGUGACGUGUCUGUCCUUGUGUGCACUGACCUUGCCUCGCGGGGGCUGGACACCAGCAGUGUGCAGCUAGUGGUCAACUAUGACUUCCCAGACACCCUGCAGGACUACCUGCACCGUGUGGGGCGAGUUGGACGGGUUGGAAGCAAGACACCUGGAGCUGUGGUUAGUUUUGUCACCCAUCGGUGGGAUGUGGACCUGGUGCGAAAAAUAGAGACUGCAGCCCGGAAAAGGACAGGUCUCCCAGGCAUGGACUCCUCUAUUAAUAAGUCUCCACCUAACAAGGGUUGAUUCAGGUUGUCAAGCAGUAAUACAUGGCCUAAGCGUGAAGUCAUUAAGGCAGAGCAAAUGAGCUGCUGUGUGUGAGCUAGACUGGAAGAAUAGAGGAUUGAGCUUCAGAACCAGGUGACCAGGUUAACUCUGUGCAUUGUUCUGGAAGCUGUAAUAGUCAUGUCCAGAGGCAUCACAGUUCAUGGCUUUCCAGAAUGAAGCUUGUAAGUGAGUAGUAACAUAGUGCCUUUGAAGAAGACUGAAGAAUGAUCUCAUGAGUUGAUUUUGUUUAUUUUUGUUUAGACUUAUAACUUAAAUCCAAAUCAGAAUGAAGCAUGCCUGUAUGAUGUGCAGCUCUGUUGUGUUUCAUUGCUUCCCACCAGCAACAGCUAAACAUUGAUUGUUAAAGCUUUAAAAUUACUGCUGUGGCAGGAAAGAAAAAGAAAGUAUUUUCCUAACUUAAGCAAGUAUAGAUACAUGUAGAAAGACUAAAGGACAAAUUGUACCUGAUUUUCUUGUGAUGUAGCAGUUCAUUUGGAGAAUUCUGGACCAGAUACCUCUUUAUCUUUUUUGGUGGGAGCGAGAAGGCACGAUAAAGCUGGAGACUUUUUCAGGGUCUUAAUUUGUCAUUUUAUGGUCACCUUUCCCUGAGAAAUGGGAUGUUGCUCCUUCAUGUUCUAUUAAACAAAUGUUCAAAAAGCCUUUAAGUUUUUUCGGCGCAUUGUUGCUGCAUGCUGUGAUGACAUGUCCAGACUGAACUGAGUGUAAAAACAAAGGAAACCACGCAACCCAGCGGAAAAAAAAAAAAAAGUCUCCUGUUAAGGGAAAGAAGUCGGGUUCUAAUUCUAACUCACAGGUUCUAAUGACUCACGUGUAAUAGAGUACAAGAUUUCUUUGAAGUAUCUUGCCAUUGUUCUUUUCUGCUUUAAACCAAAAGGAGGUUAUUUUGUAUCUAGCUACUAGUUUGUAUCCAUGGUAAAUAAUCACACAAACCCAGCAUUUUAGCUCUGAUUUCUGUUGCAGUGAUUUGUCACAGCCUUUUCUUUUAAUGGUUGUUUUUCCCAUGCUGUCCACUUUAGCUAGUACUAAAACUCGGUAUGUAGAAAUAGUAAGCUGUUAAAAGAACAUGGAACAGUAUCUAAAUACUUGGUCGUAGAGGAAAUCAGAUUCUGGAGCUACUUGUAGUAUACUGAGUAAAAACUAAACAAACAGAAGGGAUGCACAUCACUUAAGAAUAAGUGCAUAAUCUAGAAAUUGUACGCCUGUACUCUGUUCACAUUGCAGUUAAGGGGCUCUUAGGGGAAGUUACAAGCUGUGGUGAAAUUAUUUCAUAUAAUAGAAAACUUUCAAUUAGAAAUACAGUGGAAGAGCGAUUCUCUCGGAGACUGGAAAGCUUUUUAUUUUGGACCAUUUGUGGCGUAGGCUACUUGUGUCUCCUCUGUAGAUCAUUUAACUGCAAACCAGGCAGUUUUUGUGUCCACAAGCAGAACCUUACUCUUCAUGUGUAAGAGUACGGUAAAACCUUAAACAGAAAUCUGGGGACAAUCUAGUGUUUUAAUUUGAAGAUCCUAUUUCCAUUCAUUAAUAAGCACCUUAUGUUGUUAUCUGUAACUGUAGACAUACAGAUUAAUUUAAGUGAGGUAAAUUUUAUUUGAGAAACUCCAAGUAAGAAAUUUUAAUAUUUGCUUGUCUGCUUUGCCCAAGCAAUUUCAGGCUGGCUCUAUCUCAAGUGUCAUAUAAUUUGAAUCUGAUUGUUUUCAAAGCUUCAGUAUUAGCAUAAAUUACUACCUGCUUCAUAGAGUGUCUUUCCUGAGGCAGGUGGUGAUGGUGACUGUGCUUCCCAGAUCAAUACGGAGAUGCCCUUUUAAGUUUCUGAGGGAAGUUAUUGCUUGGGAUCUCAGAUGUCUGACUUUAAGUAUUUGUCUUCUCAUGGUUGUUAUACACGACUAAAUCAAUUGUUCAGGCUAAAGUUUCCUAACUGUGGCAGAUGUGUACUGUACAUCUGCUCUAUUACCUGUAGUUUCCAGCUAAAUGGUACAACCAAAGUUAAUCACAGUUAAAUGAUAACCACAUAAGCAGUCACUUCUGACACAAGAUCUGUGGUCGAACUAUGUGGCAAUGGUUGUUGAUAGUGAAUGUAUCUGCUUAAUUUGUAUUAGUAACUGAGUGGUGAUAAGAGUAGUUUUUUUCUUGAGUUAAAAUAUGUGGAAGGAAAAUGGAAGAAAGAUUGGCUUCUCAUAAAUUAGCCAGAUUAUAAAAGGCAAUGUGGGCAUACUUGGAACUGAGGUAUAAAAUGCACAUGUUAAAAAUAAAUUAUUGAUGUGUUACAUGUUACAGAACUUAAGUGUAUGUUCUGAUGGCUGUAACAAAUUCUAUCAAAGAUGUUCCUCAAGAUCCUAUUUGGAUUUUUUUGUUAUGUUUUUUUUAAAAGUAUAGUUUGUAGUUUAACUUCUGUUACUCACUUUUAAAAGCUCAGUAGCACAGUCUAUGAAUCUGGAAUUGUGUUACAGUGAAUCCCAUGACAGGUCAGUCUGGAUUGUAGCACACAGUAUGAUCAAAUUAGACAACACAGUGAAAUAAUAAAGUCCUUUUAGCC